AUGAGAAGAGAAGACACUAUUACUAUUACAUUGGCUUCAGAUGUUCAUAUUGGAUAUGGUGAAAGGAAGUUUCCUAGGAAAAAUGAUUCAUUAACAACAUUUGAGGAAGUUCUUAAUAAUGCUAAAGAAACUGAUUCUGAUUGUAUUCUUCUUGGUGGUGAUUUGUUCCAUGAAAAUAAUCCAACAAGAGAGAUGCAAGUUGCAGUAGCACGUUUACUAAGAAAGUAUUGUAUAAAUUCUGAUAAAGUUUGUCCUUUAGAAUUUCUCUCAAAUGCAGGUGAAAUUUUUGAUCAUUCAGAGUUUCCGGUUGUCAAUUACAAAGAUCCAAAUCUUUCUGUUUCAAUGCCAAUUUUUACUAUUCAUGGUAAUCACGAUGAUCCUUCUGGAACUGGACUUACAGCACUUGAUCUUUUUCAUGAAGCUGGUCUUCUAAAUUUGUUUGGAAAAUUUAAAGAUAUUGAUAAUAUUGUUGUAAAUCCAAUACUUCUUAAAAAAGGAAAUACAAGGGUAGCUAUUUAUGGUAUUAGUAGUCAACGUGAUGAUAGGUUGCAUAGGGCUUUUGAAGAAAAGAAAGUUAUUUUUAAGAGACCAAGAGAUGGAAAUAGUUGGUUUAAUAUUCUUGUUCUACAUCAAAAUAGACCAAGAAGAGAUUUUACAAGAAGAACAGGUGCAUAUAUUCCAGAUAAAUUUAUUCCUAAUUUUAUAAAUCUUGUAAUUUGGGGACAUGAACAUGCAUCGAAACCUGACCCUGAAUUAGUUGAAAGAAUAACUGAUGGGAUUAAUUUUCGUUUUUAUAUUUUGCAACCAGGUAGCACAGUAGCAACAUCAUUAUGUGAUGAUGAAUCUGGUGAAAAAUAUUGUUUUCUUUUAGCAAUCAAUGGAACCGAAUUUGAUACAACACCAAUUCGUCUUGAAACAGUAAGACAAAUGAUAAUUGAUAACAUGGAUCUUAAGGUUUUCCCUAAUAGAGCUAAAUUUUCUAAAACAUCUGUCCGUCCAAAAGAUGCUCCUGAUGAGGAGUUGAUUCAUAAAAAGAUUAGUCAAAUGUUAGAAAUUUUAUCAAAUUCUAGACUUGAGAGACAACCUAAACUUCCUUUAGUAAGAUUGAAGAUCACAUAUCAAGAUUCGUUUACCUGUUUCCCACCAAUUAACCCAAAAAGGUUCGGUUCACUAUUUAAAGAUGUUGUAGCUAAUCCUGAAGAUAUGUUUGUAGUUAAAGUUAACAAACCAAAGAAUGAGACUAUUAAUAAACAAAAAAUAGAAGAAAUGAAAGCAUCAGACACAUUUUAUGAUGUAUCGCAAGUUGUUGAGAAUUAUUUCAUGAAUGCUAAAGAUGAUGAAGCGUUGGAAAUUGUUACAGAAGAAUCUAUUUUUAAAGCAUUAUUAGAAUACGUAACUACUGAAGGUACUAUUGAAAGUGUCAAUAAAGCUUUUACAAAAUCAAUUGAAAAUCAAAUUGAUCUGCUUUGCAAGGCUAUUGAUGAAAAUAAUUCGACACUUCCUUGUUACCAACAUUUAGUAGACAUGGAAAAGAAAUUUGAAGAAGAUAUUGCUAUAUUUAAAAAAAUAAAACGACAAAGUGCAGUUAGUAAGACAAAUGAAAACACUUCUUUUAACUUAAUUUAG